CCCCAAUUGACCGAACUUUCCUCCCCUAUUAACCGUCUAGUUAGUCAAUUGCCCCUUAAACUACUACCACCUACGCAGUCCCAAGAUACCUAAGUAAGUAACAGGUAUCACCCAAAAUGGGACAGGGGAAGACCGACUCGGAUACAGAGGCAAAGACAGAGAGAAACAGAGUGAAGAUGAGUGGGACUUCAAUCCUCGAUUGCUUUCCCUUUUCGGUCUUUAAUUUUAAUUACUAUUAUCUGUCGGGGUCCAUGGAUUGCGCCGUGCGCUGAUCGAUCGGGCUUUUGCCUAGACAUGGAC